GUCAACUGACGUCUCAUUUUUCACAGUUCAUAGCUGCUCUGCGUAAUUGGUUUGGGUCUUGUGACUUUUUAAGCUUGUUCUCCAGAAUUCUUGGGUGUGUCAUGUAACAGUUAUUUUUUUUUUCUCUGUCUCUUUCUGUCUCUCUCUCUAGGUAGUGUCCACGCUAACUGCGCGUAGAAGAACGAAGGGUCCAAGGUCAUACACCGCCUUCGCAGCCUCACUAAAAAUGGCAGGCGCGAUCAAUGAAGUGGCAACAAUAUUAAAGGAGAUGUUCACACCAAACCUGAUCAUAUCAUACGGACACCUGUUUGCACAUGACCAGCUGUGGCCUGACUGCAAGAUCUUGCCUCCCACGUUCUUAAUAGAGCCCGAUUCGUUCUCCUACAGGUAUAAUUUGGAGUCUGCUGUGAAAGACAUGGAGAACCUGCGCCACCAAGGCGUCAAUUCUACGUGGGUCGUCUCAGUGGCCUCAUUCGGCCGCUGGUACCAACUGAUCUCCCGCGCCUUCGCGGAGGAAUCGGACAAAGUGUGGAACGGCAAGCCACGCCCCCGUUUUGGAAUUUGCAACGUCACGGCAAGCAUGCAGCAGCUGGCGAGCAUAGCGGAGGCUUGCAGCAAGACACUGUUGCCAAACUGCAAUUACUCGGAGGCCCUCAAGUGCGAGUUCUGUCACGACACGUCGAGGAGGAGGAUCUUUAUGUACGAUAAUGCCAAGGCCCUUCGGAGCAAGCUGUGCCAUUUGAAGAAGCAGCAUUUGACGCUGAAGUACGGCGUAGCGGUGUACAGCCUGGAGUUUGCGGACUGGAGCAACGCCUGCAGAAGGCACGAGGCCUUCGAUGAGUUGUCAGCCAUCCGGGCAGUCGUCGACUACCUGCCCCGUUUCAGUGUGGCGUCGAACGUGACCGCCUGCGUCGCGUCGACUGCCGCCUGAGCAGCCUCGGUCAGAGGGCGUAGCGCCGUCAUUUGUAGAAUUUCCACUAGCUUGCUUCCCGCUUCGAAUGUUCGGGCCGCAACAACGAAAUAAUAAAAACGAUGACGACUUUCGCUGGCGCUACGAGUGGGUGUUUCAGCGAUUCCUGCAAGCGGGCAGGCUAAUGCUUCCAUAAAGGAAUGUGUCUUCUUCAAGACCAGUUGUCCUUUAGUCUAAACGCUAGGUAAACCCAAGCCUCGUGGACGGUGAGCGUGAAGAGAGUUUGGGGCGCUACAUAACCCUUCAGUUCGGGUGUAUACAACUUCCUACCUCAACACCUGUGAUAAUAAAUGCAUAUAUACAUGCAUACACUGCCCAUUAUCUCCAGCUGGCAGAACUACCCUUCCCAGGCGGCAGGCAGCUACCAUUUCUAGGCAGCUGGUUGUCACUACAAGAAAUACUACGCAUAAUCUCGCCCUGUUAUGUUAUUUCAGUGAACUGACUGGCUGAAAGCUGGAGCACCACAAUUUUUUUUUACAUCAUGCCAUUAGUCGCGUCUUACCUCUUGACGCAGUAAAUGGUGAGCGAUGUGCUUGCAAACUUGUCUUGCAUCAUAGCACUCACCAAGCUGUCGACAGCCACGACGACAAGAUGGUCCUUCCGCAUUGGAGGGACGCGUUCACCGUAGAAUAUACACGCGCAGUCGGUGCAGAACGAGCGGCACAACAUGGCGUAGCCAGAUAGCACUACAGAGUCCACAGUGCCAGGUGAUAGGCGUCUAUAGAUUCACAGCAAAAGCGUUCAGUCUUGUCGACGACGAGCUCUCAAAUACUCACUGCCGAUCGGCACAUCGAAGGACGCGCUUCCGCACACUACAGCAAAGGACGCAUUUCAGCCACGCCCCACAAACGAAUACCCAUCAGGCGAAAUUAAGCAGCGAGGUAAAUAGUGGACGAACUACUAGCGCACUUCCCUGCUUCUAUCCCCGCCGGGACACUUGGUGCAUGACGAUUUGGAAAGUGUCGACAUGAAUACUCUGUGACAUUGCCACAACGCGGGGUGUAGCAGCUGUCGGGCACUUCCCUCGCCAUAUGUACACCACCUGCAACACGAAGCCAGAGAUGCCGUUCCGCAAGUCCUCUCGUGUGGCGUAACUAAGCACCACCAAGCGAGGAUGUCAUCGUUCACGUCGAGGGCACAAAUUGUUCAUGUUCGAGGACACCGUCGCGAACGCCGAAUCUCCACGUGAAGGAGGCAACGCUAUAGAAUGUUCUCGUGUCUUCGUGAACCGUCCUACGUGAGUCAACGCAUACGGGAGCGAA